AUGACGUCAGCACCACGCGUCCAUUUGAUGACGUCAGAGGUCACUGGGUUGUCAUCAAACAUGGCGGCCUCCUUGCUGAGCUGCAGGACAGGCUUAUUCUAUGGUGUUAGUAAAUUAAACUCCUUUAUUCCGACUGUAGUCCACCAGAUCGCGAACUAUAACCCACGACCCCUCUGGCUGAAUAUAAAGAACCCUUAUAUACCGAAUAAAGAGAGCGAGAAGACGCCCGAAUGGCAGAAGACUGAGAAGUAUGAUCGCAGACUGUUCGGCCGCUAUGGACGCGCGUCGGGGAUUGACCCGGCCAAACUCUGGCCCUCUCACGCUCGGCUGGAGGAGCUGGUGGCCGAGGAGAGAGAGUGGCACCCACCGCUCGAGGUGAUGCUGGCAAACAUCGCGGCCAGGGAGAAGGAGAAGGCGCAGAAGCGGAUGGAGAGAGAGAAGACUAUUGCUGCAAACAUGGCCAAAAUGCCCAAGAUGGUCGCAGACUGGAAAAAGCAGAAAAGGGAGACAAAACAGAAGCAAAGAGAGGAGAAAAUAAGGCGAGACAAACUGCUGGCCGAGGCGAGAGAGCGCUUUGGGUAUGCGCUGGACCCCCGCAGCGCUAAGUUCAAAGAGAUGGUUGCUGAAAUAGAGAAGGAGGAGAAGAAGAAGAGGAAACUUCUGAAACGCACGAAGAGAGAGGAAGAGCAAGGCUUGCCCACAGCGACGGCUGAGUCCAGCCAAUAACCCUCACUGCCCAGAACAAGGACUUUUAUACAGUGCCACUGUACUAUAUUGUAAAAUUGGUUUCUUUGUACAUCAUUGUGAUUAUCGCACAUUAUAGUUUAAUUAGAAUAAACUAACUUCAGAAAAUAUA